GGAGAACUGUGUGUAAGUGGGUUAAGGAAAGCACCGGGGUCGAAAGUGUGCUCUGAUCAAAGGGCUGUGCAGUCGAUCUCACCAUCUGUUGGUAAAGGUUUGUCCACAACUUGCCCUCUUCCCAUCACGGAGUUCACAAUUCGCUUCCCACUAUGACAGGAGAUGUUGUCCCAGUUCCCCAGCAGGGGGACCCAGCUGCUGAAGCACCCAGUAACAGCCCAGGGGAGGCCAUGGAUGUGGAGUGUCCCAUCUGCUACCAGGAGUACAACCAGUACAACAAAUGCCCCCGGAUGCUGGAGUGCCUCCAUGUUUUUUGCACCGAGUGCCUCCAGAGGAUCCAGCUCUGCCCCUGCGAACCCCCUGACACCAACAGCCCCCCAGCCAUCCCCUGCCCCCUCUGCCGCCAUUUAACCCCGCUGGAGACUGGAGACGCCCUCACCUUACCCUGCAACUCCCGCAUCCUGGCCAGGCUGCCCCCCGUGGCCUUCCGCCUGCCCGUGAACAUGGCCACCCGUCUGGCCACGGUCACCCAGAGAGUGGUGCUGUCUCUGGAGGGCAACAGCAGGGAAACACGCUUCAUCAUCCUGCCCACCGUCAGCCUGCGGGUGCAGCAGAUGCACCCGGACAGGCCGUACGGCACCGCGCCAGGCCUGGUGGGAGAAGAGGAAGUCAUACAGCAGAGCAAGAGGACGCUGUUUUGUGUGCAACUCCUGGCAGUCAUCUUCUGGGUGCUGUUUGUGAUCACCUGCGUGGUCGGAGUAGUUUUCGGGCCACAUUUCUUGAACAGGAAUCUUUAAUAGAAAACAGGAUUGACCUCCUCUUUAUAGCAGAUAUAACUCUGGAUACACUCUGCAGGAAAACACUAUAAAAAGAAAGCAGACAUAACAUUUUAGGGAGUAUAAAAGACAAUCUUUUUCAGUUGUGUUUUUAUGAAGGUACUUCUAACUAAUAUACUUGCUAUUUACCCAGUAGUUAAGUCAAACUCUGCUUUUAUUUAUUAUUGAAUAGCCCACUUAUCCUCACUGUACUGCAUAUUUACUCCUAUUUCAUCAAUGAUGAACUGAUGAAGAGGUCCCUCUAGUGGUUUGUUUCGAAACGGAUGAAUUAUACUUGUAAUAUUUAUAAUUUUUAAAAACUCAACAUUGUCCUUAAGGUUUUGUUUUUUUCCUUAACAUUCAUGUUGUUUAUCUCAAUGCCUGCUUGAAUGUCACUAUGCUUGUUAAUAUUAUUACUAUCCAGCUGAUGACUGUUCUGCCAAUGGAUAAAUCGAAUAAAACUGGCUUUCCUAACACA